UAGCAGGAACUUUUACUUUGGAUACGAAACUCAGUGGUCUCGAAUCAUAUGACUGAUCACAUGAUUGUCAAGCAGCCGUCUAAGAUAGAGCACGGAACAUUUGGUUGUAAAGACAUGCAUUUUAUGGAAUUUAAUUAAACAAUAUUUAACGGUGAUGGCGGCUCAGACGUGGAGUCAACGAAUAUCGGCAUUUUCUCAGAGUCCCUGUCAGUAUCUCUCCAGCACAACUUCAGACAGCUUCCUGGCUGAACUUCUGCGCGAGCUAAGGGAUGACAGAGCAAGUGACAAUACAAAGAUCCUCAUGCUGUCCCCCUUCCUGGAGCAUCCCACACUCCUCUGCCCCACCAUCCCAACUGGAGAGGAGACUGCACUGGAAUUGAUGUCCGUUCUGGCUCAGACACCACAGAAAGCUGUCGGUCUUAAAUGCAGUCUCAUGUUAGCCAUAUCCACAAUCCUCAUCUGCACAACCUCCAUGGAUCGACAACCCAAGGUCGCAGAAGACUUUCUAGACCAGCUGUUUAAGACCAUUGAUGACACCAAUGACCACAGGGGUGGCUUGUCCCUCCAGUCUGUACGUGCAACAGCCUGUGACUGUUUACGCGAGAUGGAACUAAGUUAUCCAGGAUUGUUGUCGCAGAAACUAGAAAAGCUUCAUCAAUUAAAGCAACAGGAGACCUCUAUUGUUCACCAAGCCUACACUGCUCUCUACACACUGGCCCUGAAGAAUGCAGUCUUUCUCCUCUGUCAGAAGGAAGAUGUUGCUGACGCAGAUCUCAAGACAGCGUUGUGUACAAAUGAGGGAUUUGGAUGGAAAGUGGUGUGCAGACCUUUGCCACCCGCCCUGGUUACUCAAAUGGAGAAGAUACCACAGCUUAGAACUGGAGUGGACUGCCGGGAGUUGAAAUCCAUCGUGUCUUUGUCACUAGAAGAGUCCUACCUUUUAACUCCAAUCUCACAAGCUGCUCUGCUCAAGGAACUCAUUGAUGUCGUUUCUAUGGUACCAGCAUUGUCCCCUGCCCUGUUCAAGUCACAGCUCUUGCGGCUGUUUGGGAUGUCUCAGGUGGAGCUGGUACACGCCACGCUGAUGAUGAAAAGUGCAUUCACGGACAGCCUCUUCAGCUCUGACGAUGAGAACUUUUUCCUGAAACGUCUGGUGUGCAUGGCUCAGCAUCCUCUCAUCAGUGUCCCAGAGAAGCUCUUCUACAUUGACUGCAUACGACACUUUCCUGAAAACCGACCUCUAUCCAGCCAUUUUGAUGACAGCCUUCCUCUGCUGGUCACACCUCGUCUCACGGUAGCUCUCCUGCCUACAGUGUUCAAUGACAGCAGCACCAUGCUGAGCCGCUUGAAACUCAUGUGCAUGGUGUACUUGGAAGCUGAUGAGGGAGAGGACUGCAAAGGCCUGUCUUACUUGUUUGACCAUUUGAUGGAGCUUCUCAAAAUCGUGGACAACCAUGGUCGCAGGGAGAUGAUCGUCACCUCAUUUAGAGCGGUCUUCACAUUUCUCACCUACUUUUCUCAGAUCGAGAGGUUGACUGAGGCGUUAGUUCAGAAGCUGUCUGACCUGCAUUCAAGACACUGUCGCCUCGCUCCAAAUCUCAUCAAUUUAUGCGACCGGCUCCAGGAACACUUGGAGGAUUCGGUGUGGCCUGUCAAAAUGCUUAAGACCUUGCGGACAUCAGUGGUGGAGAUGCCGCCCUCUCAGUUGACCCUGCAGAAUUUCAGCUUGCAUCUCAAGAUCUUGAAAAGAGCCGCUGUGGAGAAGCAGAUCCCUCAGAGGAGCACCCUGUGCUUCCUGCUCAACGUCCUGUACCACUCCAGCCUCUGUGAAAGGGGCGGCUGGCAGGUGGGCAAUGCAAUUCUGUCAGUCUGCCGCAAUCUCCUCCUCCACCCCAGUGUACACCAGGCAUCUGUGGCGGUCGAGUUGGCUGAUUUGCUCCACCACAUGGCUGGUCACUACGACGACACAGACAUACGAGAUCACGCCAGGUUUUACUAUACACUGCUCACAAAUUUGUCCAUGGAGAAGCUGUCGGGGGUGUUGGUGCAAAGUGCAAAGGAUGGAGGACCGGUCAAGCCGAGGUCUUUGUCGGCCAUCAUGGCUGAAACUGAUGGACUGUCCAGCCAUCUCACAAUACACCCAACGCCAGGGCCAAUGCUACAACUUGUCAGACAACAGCAAGCCUGGCCGUCUACAGCAACUGUUAGUACAGAGAGUUUUCCAGAUGGGAAUGUCUUAGACCAGUAUCUGGGUCAGUUUAGUGACUUGAAUUUUGCCUCAGAAAUAACCCUCAAGUACAAACUUGGGUACCUAGGUGAAACGGAGCCUAUUUUUGAUCAACUUUUUUCAAUCUUUAUGAGUUUUCACUCAAAUGAUUCCAACUAUGAAGACAUCCAUGACAUCCAUGUGCCGUGCCUGUUCAGAGAAAGGAAGCCGCCUGAGGUUCGUCUCAAGCUAAAGCCCAAACAACCAUACCCUACUUGCUUCAAAGCAAGCGCUGUGUUUAGCACAGAAGACGGGCUCACUUGGCAAACUCACCUACCUGAUGUCAAAGUGUCCUUCCCUGAUCUCUUCUUGCCCAUGCCCUUACCUGCUGGGUCGUCAUUGCGCUACAAGGAAGAGGUCUUUGACCGACUCUGGGAAGAUAUCAAUGCCAAAGAAGCCAAUGGGUCAGCGAUAACUUUAUUCUGUUUAGAGGGGAAGGAAAAUUCUCUCCAAGAAAUGAGCAGGCAGCAUUUCCAGAACUUCUUUGUGUCUGAGCAAGCCAGCACGGGCGAGAGCAAAGUCUUGUUUUUCCUCCCUCCAAAGUAUCAUGUUCUGCUCAGGGUCAAGCUUACAGAAGAUGCCAUCAGAAUUGACAUUGGAACAGACAACUGGGAACUGUUACCUCACAUAAAUUUCUAUUUACUGAAAAUCACUGAGUUGAAAACAGACCUCAGUGAUGAAUAUGCUUCAUGAAUUUUUUUGUAGAUAUUUUAUACCCUUUUGUUCUUAAUUUAUGUGCUGUAGCCCCACACAGAGAUGGUACUACAGUCCAAGCUGUUUUGUGUACUAACAAAUGUGAAAAAUAAAAUAAAAGCUGUUAUACAGCCA